AUGAUCAUAUUUUUGACGGCCUUCGACAGCGGGUGGACUAAGCUGCAUUCCCGAUAUGGUGAAGAUACCCGUUUGCACCAUCUUCAGAUUGCACUAGAGGAUGGUUACAGCGAAACACUAGCCCUUCUUUUGAAGGACUACAACCUCCUCAACAGAAGUGGUGCUGCACCUUGGAGCAAUCCACACUACGCCGACUACGACCUGCAACUGAUCGCGGACAUUCAGAGUCACCUAGAGACCAAUGUGAAGGAUCAACAGCAGCUUCAGGAUGACGCGGCGAGUGAUUUGCACGGAGGUUUACGACUUAUCACCAACUAUUGUGGACCUGGAAACUGGUCGGCUAAUGGCGAAACCGUGCAGAAUGAGUAUUUUGCUAGCACUGAUAGAUGCUGUAAACACCAUGAUGAAUGUCCAGAUACAAUUACAAACCGGCGUGAUUAUCGACGCUACGAGAAUCUGCCUUACAAAACUCAAUUAUUCACCAAGCUACGUUGCAGUUGUGACGCUGAGUUUCUGCAAUGCCUCCGGAACGUUUCGACGUUCUUCUCCUACGCAAUAGCAUGGAUAUACACAAAAGUGCAGUCCAGCUGCUUCGAGCACGAAUACCCCGCAAUAGAAUGUGUCUCAAAGAGGAACGAUGGACUCUUCUCGCCAGAUCGUUGUUUGACGUAUAUAGUCGAUAAUUCGUACAGUCCACAAUGGCAAUGGUUCGAUAUACCUUACAUAAGUGCCAAUCAUAUGUUCUUUCCCAAAGUGGAAUAUCGAUACGACCUUGACUGGGUUAAUCUACUUUUUGGGGCUGUAGUAACCGACCCAGAUCAAUCGUAG